UCAGGGCUUCUUCUUCAGCAUCGUAUUUGGAGCAAUGCUAAAUGCAAGCGUGCAGCAGUUUCCUCCAUUAACGCUGUGCUCGAACAAUUCCAACUUCUCCAUUGCAAGGACACCCAUACGAUUAACGCGUCAUUCUGAUGCUGCUCGCUCUGCGAACCGCUCAUCUCCCUAAACGCUUCUUCUCAUCUUUCCCACUCUCGGCGCUCUCGAAUUCCGACUACAUUCACUCUCGCCUCGACUCCAUCCUCUCGAGCCACACCACUCCGCCGUCGUCUCUCCUCCAAUCCCACUGCUUCGUCAUAACGACCGGCCAUUCCGAGAACGUGUUCAUUGCGGCGAAGCUAAUCUCUCUGUACGCGUCUCUCAACCGACCCACAUGCUCGACCCGAGUGUUUGAUCAAGUAGAGCCGAAGGACGUCUUUCUUUGGAACUCCAUCAUCAAAACCCACUUCUCAAAUGCCGUCUACUCUCGGGCCAUCCAGUUUUAUUCGCGAAUGCGGGCGGCGAAUGAGCUGCCCGACCAGUUUACGAUCCCCAUGGUCGUGGCCGCCUGCGCAGACAUUGGUUCGCUGAAUUAUGGGAUGUGGGUCCACGCUUUAACGUGUAAAUGUGGUCUUUUUGGGGGAAGUUCGGCUGUCGGAUCUUCUUUUGUGUACAUGUACUCGAAGUGUGGCGAUUUGACGGAUGCCUCUUUGGUGUUUGAUGAAAUACGCGUGCGAGACGUGGUGGCUUGGACGGCGCUUUUAAUUGGGUACGUUCAGAAUGGGGAAAAUGAGAAGGCAUUGACGAGUUUGCGCAAGAUGCUAAGGUUAGGCGGGUUAAAUGAGAGACCCAAUUUUAGGACCAUGGAGGGUGGUUUUCAAGCUUCUGGGAAUCUGGGUGCAGUAUCAGAAGGUCGUUGUCUUCAUGGUUUAGCGGUAAAAAGUGGACUUUUGUGUUCUGAAGUUGUUAAGUGUUCAGCUCUGUCUAUGUACUCGAGAUGCGAUUCCCCUGAAGAGGCUCAUUCAUCAUUUUGUGAGAUUGUCAAUAAGGAUGUUCUCUCAUGGACAUCAGUAAUCAGUGUGUAUGCAAGGUCCGGACAUAUGGCAGAGUGCUUGUCUUUGUUUCUUCAAAUGCAAUUCAAUGGAACAUAUCCAGAUGGAAUUGUUACUAGUUGCGUACUUUUGGGUUUCGCCAAUACCAUGAGUGUCUCAGAAGGGAGGACGUUUCAUGGGUUACUUAUAAGGAGACAUUAUCUGUUAGAUGAGGAUCAGAUUGUUCGCAAUGCUUUAUUGUCCAUGUAUUGUAAGUUUGGGCUCUUAAAUGUUGCUGAUAAGCUUUUUGCCAGUAGAGUGCAUGAACUUGCGAAAGAGCCAUGGAACAUUAUGGUUUCAGGAUGUGGGAAGUUGGGAAUGGAAGAGAAUUGUGUACUGUACUUUAAGAAUAUGCAGCAUCUAGGCGUCGAACCCGAUUCAGAUUGUUUGGUUUCUGUCAUUUCUUCAUGUUUAAAAUUAGGAGCGACCAUUCUGGGCAAGUCGGUUCAUUGUUAUGCCAUCAGAAGAUCAAUUGAUGGGAAUGCCUCAGUUGCCAAUUCACUCAUAGGUUUCUAUGGUAGGUCGGGUAAUUUGGCAGUUGUACAAAGAAUUUUUUCUAGGAUGAAGAGAGAUAUUGUCUCAUGGAACACUGCAAUGUCAUCAUAUGUUCAUAAUAAGCGUUAUGAAGGUGCCAUUGCUCUUUUUGAUAGAAUGGUAUCAGAGGAUAUGAAGCCCAACUCCGCAACGUUAGUCAGCGUGCUUGCAGCCAGUGCUAAUCUGGCUUCAUCAGAGAAAGGAGAAAGGAUCCACCGGUAUCUGGAGGAAGAAAUGAUUGAAAUUAACCUUCCUCUUUCAACUGCAUUAGUUCAUAUGUAUGCAAAAUGUGGAAAACUUGACAAAGCACGUGAAUUAUUCGACCUAAUGAAGGAGAGGGACAUCAUUUCUUGGAAUGUUAUGAUUUCUGGUUAUGGAACGCAUGGACAUGCAAAAUCUGCCGUUGAGAUUUUCCAGCUGAUGGAGGAUUCAAAGGUUAGACCAAACGCACUCACUUUUCUUGGACUUCUGUCAGCCUGUGCACAUGCCGGUCUUACUGAAGAAGGGAAGCAUCUCUUUUCUAGAAUGCAGCAUUAUUCCAUUGAACCGAACUUAAAGCACUAUACUUCCAUGGUAGAUCUUCUUAGCAAGUCUGGGGAUCUGCAAGGAGCUGAAGAGUUGGUUCUUUCAAUGCCUGUACCCCCCGAUGGUGGUGUAUGGGGGGCUCUAUUGAGUGCUUGUGCCAUCCACGAAAAACUGGAGGUCGGAAUGAGGGUUGCAAGCCAUGCGAUUCAAUCUGAACCAGAUAAUGACGGAUAUUACGUGUUGCUUUCCAAUAUGUGUAGUUCCAUGGGGAGAUGGGAAGAGGCGGAGAUGGUCAGGGAAAUGAUGAAAGGUGGGGGUGUGCAGAAGCGAGCAGCCUGGAGUGCCACAUAACUGGAGUAGUGUUCUUAAAAGUAUGUUGUUCUUUGAGACGAAACAAGCCAAUGACUGUGAUGAAAUGCUGCUACUCAGUUUCAGUGAGGUAGGCUCGCCAAAUACAGACUUGCUCAAAGGUGGACCUGCCUGCGAAAAUCGAGCUAUAUUGGAGAACUAUGUCAGAGUACGAUAGCAUGGGGAAGCCAGCAUUCCUCUUGAUCAGACAUCAUUGGUCCAGGGGCUGAUGAGAUCAAAGGUGGUUGAGUUGGGAUCGGAAGUUUACUUUACAUUCGACUUAGGGUGAGAAUUGCUGUCGCUUUAUGCUGGCAACUUUAUCAACUAACAAAUAGUUUCAUCAGAAGAAAGAAUUCGAGAUUGUUCUUGUUUUUCCCCUUGGCAUAGAAAUGAUAGCUCAUCUUGCUUUCGCUUGCUGAGGUGGGGAGAAUGCUGGUACCGGUGGUUUGGGAGUGAUCUUUGGUUCUGGGUGUAGGAUGCUGGAAGGUUAAAGAGAAUCAAGGAAUUUCGAAUUGAUGCAAUGGAUGUCAUGCUGCAAUUAUUGUCAUUGGUAGCUGAAGCAGAUUUCUGACAUGACCAUGGUGCUUCCUUUUGUCUGUCAGGUGCACUUCCCAAGUAAUUACAUUGCAAUCAAGCAAACGUAAUCCGAUGAGAAGCAAACAAAAGGCUAUGGAGAGUGUGAGCAGCAGGAGAACUUCAAGAUCCGCAAGCACUGGCCAGUUGAGGUUUGUCGAUGCUGUUUCGUCAGAUGGCUCAGCCCGAGCUCAACACGGCAAAGUUGUUGCACAGAAUGCUCGAAGCUCGUUGGUUAAAGACAAAAUUGUCUGUGCACUCUUCAUGUAGGAGGAGUGUUUUGGUAAGUUUCCCUUCGAACUUUGUAUUUGGGGAUAUCUCG